AUGACCAAGCUAGCAUCAGUCAACUUUGUCGCGUCCUCGCGUGUCUCUGAAGAGUUAGCUCUUUCUGGUCAUUUAGCCUUGUCAGCUCCUUCUCAAAUCAUGGGACAAUUUCAGUUUUUAAAGACACUAGCGCACCCAAAUCUGUGCGAAUACGUAGAGAUACACCGUGGAAAGCAUGACCGAUUAUUUGUAGUAUCCGAAUACUUUGACCUUUCACUACAAAAAGCGAGAAACUUGGAUUCCAAAGACCCUCCACCAGUUAGCACGGCAGUAUUAAAGCAGUGGGCAUUUGAGAUCUUGUCCGCAUUGCAGUUCCUGAGAGAGAAUCACAUCAUUCAUGCCGCAUUAUCACCUACAAACAUCAUGCUGGACAAGGAAAACCAUGUCAAGCUGUUUGGAUAUGGAUUGCAUUAUAUGACAAGCGGUGGCCGAGAUGUAGACUUUCCUAUAGGCUAUCCGACGUAUUUAGCCCCGGAAUGCUUGGAUAACAUCAGCAGUGUUGGUUUCGAUAAACGGGAUAUAUGGGCGACAGGCGUGAUCUUGGUGGAGCAAUAUACACGGAAUUCAUUUUGGACUACAAGUGAUGUGGGCUUGAUCUUUGAUACACUGAUGACACUGAGAGAAUGGCAUCAGGAAGAUCCAUCGUCGGAUAUCUGGCAUCAUGAUGGCAUCGAGUCGUUAGACAUCAACAAGAGCAUAUUGGAAUUUCUGCAGAAGCAAGAUAUCCAGGACAAGGAGGAGUUUGCUUUUCAACAAUUUGUAACAAAGUGCUUGGACAUGUCAGUGGAGAAGCGGCCCGGUACAACCGAAGCGCUGUCAUCGACCUUUUUUGAACAUGGACUUGUGCCAGUGGAUACUGCAGCUUGGGUAGAAGGGCCCAUUUUGGCAUCGGAUGUAGUGGAACCCGAAACGAUUGAUACGCAAAACAGCCAAAGCCAAGAGGACGUCAAUGGCACACUGCAGGGAUUGCCAGUGUCUCAAAUGUACAACUUGUGGAAACUGGCAGGUGGAGAUGUCGAAUUGGAUCUCGUAAAGAGAGGUGUGUUUUUAUCGACGCCUGUUAUCAAGCGACUGCCUCGAGUGUGUAUGAUGCCAGAAGGGCUUGAAGUAGGAGACAAAGUGACAGAUACAGCACAGCUAUAUUCAGACGCCAUCUAUGUACUUGGAUUCAAAGAAUUAUACCAGCGUCUUGAGGAGGGCAGUAAGAAGGCCGCUUCCGACAGGUUUGAAUGGGAUACAGACUAUUUUAUCUUGGUGGAUGAGAACGAUGUCAACUUUUUAUUGGACUCUGAAGACAUUGAUAGCAGUACAGGAAAAGACGAGAGCGACAAGCAGCAAGACGAACCGACAACUGAAGCAGAUGAAUUGGCAGCGAACAUCAAUGACUUGAUGUUUGCGGAUGACUUUUUGUCGUCUGAACCAUCAUCUAUUCAGUCCAACGGCAUGCCAACGCCUACAACGCCUUCAUCGUCUCGUUCCCGUGCUAUGUCUAUGAAUUCAGUCAUGGGUAGAUCCAGAUCAGCCUCGUCGCUGUCCAUGAACAGCACCACCUCUAUACCAAACCAAUCCAAUGUCCCCAAGUUGCCCUUGUUCCUGAGAGAGCAAGACAUCAAUUACCAAUAUUACCGUCAGACGCUGUUUUCAGAGCUGCUUCGUCAAUACCCAGCCUCCAGAAAAGAGAUCCUGCAUCAUGCCAAAGUGGAUAUCCCACCUUUACUGAGAGGUAAAGUGUGGGCUGCUGUAUUAGGCGUGUAUGGCGAUGUACAACACGAAUACGAACAAAUUGAAAAGUGUGUCGACAUGGGAGCGGAUAGACAGAUCGAAGUUGAUGUGCCUAGAUGCCAUCAAUACAACCAACUGCUUGCAUCCUCGACGGGCCAUGAGAAGCUGCGUCGAUUACUCAAGGCUUGGGUAUCCGCCAACACCAAACUGGUGUACUGGCAAGGUCUUGAUUCUCUUUGUGCGCCAUUCUUGACACUCAACUUUAACGAUGAAGCUAUUGCAUUUGCAUGUCUACAAAAGUUCAUUCCCAAAUUCCUCAACAACUUCUUCUUGAGCGAUAAUGCGCCCGUGCUUCAAGAGUAUUUAGCCGUAUUUCGACAUUUGCUUAGUUUCCACGACCCUGAAUUAUCAAGUCAUUUAGACACUAUUGGCUUUAUGCCUGAUCUCUACGCUAUUCCGUGGUUCUUGACACUAUUUACUCAUGUAUUCCCCCUUGACAAAAUUUAUCAUUUGUGGGAUAAGCUUCUCGUGGGUCCUUCUUCGCUACCCCUGUUCGCUGGUAUUGCUAUUUUGCGUCAAAUUCGAGACACGUUGCUAUCCUACGAGUUUAAUGACUGUAUUGUGUUGUUCUCGGAUAAUUUCCCAAAGGUAGACAUUGAGAAAUGUGUACAAAGUGCCUUGAACAUGUGCAAAGUAACACCUCCAAGCGUGUCAUCUCGCGUGCACGGACCAGACAACAGUGAGGACAAAUUGGAAGAGAGCAACUCAAAUAACACUGAGGAACAACAGGCCAAGCAGUGGUGGGAUGAACCUAUUUCUAUCGAGACCAAAAAGGCUGAAUUAGCACCUCGCUUGUCAAUAAGUGACAUCUCCAAGAUUCUGCCCUACGCUCUUGUACUGGACAUACGGCCUGAAUCAGAGUACGUCAAAGGGCAUGCUCCUUCCUCAAUGAAUGUACUGGCCUCUCAGUUAUCAAGCUAUGCCAACAUUUUAAAGAAAUUAAAUCGCAAAUACCAUGUAGUUAUCGCAAAUGAGGGCCAAGGAGGGCCAGAGUUCGCUGCCGACCUUGUGAGAAGAAAUUUCCCCAGAACAGCACUGCUACAAGGCGGCAUGGACGCAUUCGAGACUAUCAGUGACAAACCAGCACAUUUAUGUACUUGCAGACCACAAAAACAGACAACCGCGGGCUUCAAGGGCAAGGGAUCUGAGCCUCCAUUUGUAAUGUGGAGAUGCAAAGUACCACCACCAUUGAAAAAGAAAUAA